CAUAAGAAGGCGGCGGCGGGAGGGGGCGCUGCGGCGCCGCGAGGCCGCCAGGCGGAGGAAGUGCCCUCUUGGCCGCCGCCGGAGCCGCGGGAGCUGCGCCGCGGGGACCGCCCGAGUCGAGUCGCCGGGGCCGCGAUGUCGUCCCGGUCGGGGCGCGAAGACGCGGGAGCCAGGGGUGCGCGGCGGCCGCGGGAGCCUCCCGAGCAGGAGCUGCAGCGGCGUCGCGAGCAGAAGCGGCGGCGGCAGGACGCGCAGCAGCUGCAGCAGCUCAAGCACCUGGAGUCCUUUUACGAAAAACCUCCUCCCGGGCUUAUCAAGGAAGAUGAGACCAAGCCAGAAGACUGUAUACCAGAUGUACCGGGCAAUGAACAUGCCAGGGAAUUUCUGGCUCAUGCGCCAACUAAAGGACUUUGGAUGCCACUGGGGAAAGAAGUCAAAGUUAUGCAGUGUUGGCGUUGCAAACGGUAUGGUCACCGAACGGGCGACAAAGAAUGCCCUUUCUUUAUCAAAGGCAACCAAAAGUUAGAACAGUUCAGAGUAGCACAUGAAGAUCCUAUGUAUGACAUCAUACGAGACAAUAAAAGGCAUGAAAAGGAUGUAAGGAUACAGCAGUUAAAACGGUUGCUAGAGGAUUCCACCUCAGAUGAAGAUGAGAGCAGCUCCAGUUCCUCAGACUGUAAAGAGAAACACAAGAAAAAGAAGAAGAAAGAAAAGCAUAAGAAAAGGAAGAAAGAAAAGAGAAAGAAGAAGAAACGGAAGCACAAGUCUUCCAAGUCAAAUGAGAGUUCGGACUCGGAGUGACAAGGACUUGUUCAGCAUUCUCUCCUCAGAAUCCAAACAC